AGACAACACAGAAACCGAGAAACGCGCGGAAAUACUGGAGUUUUUCGACUCUGAGGGCAGUAAAGGAUCCGUUAAUUUCUGUUUGUUUUCGACACAUGAACGCGCGGGUUAUUCACAACACACUUUCAACACAUUCUCAACACAAAGUGAAGAGAAAUGGGCAAAAAGAAGCAGGAGGAAGAACAAAAUAGCUCCGAGUACGGAGCUCCAGCUCAGUAUGACCCGACAUUCAAUGGCCCUAUUCACAAAAGGAGCUGUACAGACAUCAUCUGCUGUGUGCUCUUCAUGCUGGUCAUCACUGGGUACAUGGUGGUGGGGAUUCUGGCCUGGUUGUAUGGAGACCCUCGGCAUGUUCUGUAUCCUAGAAACUCCACAGGAAUGUUCUGCGGGAUCGGCCAGAACCAGAAUAAACCCAGCGUCCUGUACUUCGACAUCCUCAAAUGUGCGACGGCCACAAACAUCAUGGCAGCGGCUCUACAAGGCCUUCAGUGUCCCACAACUCAGGUGUGUGUGUCGUCAUGUCCGUCAGGAUUCUGGGCUUUAUCUCCUCUGGCGUAUCUGCCCAACGCAAAACCAGCUGAUUAUUUCCAGCAGGAGCUCUGUGUGCCGUCACUCCAGCUCAAAGACACCACUUAUGGUCUGGUGAUAGCGAUGGUGGUCAGUGUGCUGUUCCUCCUGCUGCUGCGGUUCACAGCUCCGGUGCUCAUCUGGAUCCUCAUCUUCGGUGUUCUGGCCGUUGGAGCAUUCUGGAUCUGGUACUGCUAUAAUGACGCUUUGGGUCACAUGAUGUCGACUCUCCUCUAUCCCGUGGUGACGUUUGUGCUGCUGUUGGUGUGUGUGUCGUACUGGGGAAUCACAGCGCUAUAUCUGGCCACAUCAGGUGCUCCCAUUUAUAAAGUUGUGGCUCUGAACGCGACACAGGGAGACUGCAGCAACAUACAAGCCAACCAGACCUGCGACCCUCAGACGUUCAACAGCUCUCGGUACUCCUCAUGUCCGUCCGCGCGCUGCGUCUUUAUCAACUAUAACACCGAGGGCUUGUUCCAGAGGAAUCUCUUCAAUCUGCAGAUCUAUAACGUUGUGGCGUUUCUGUGGUGUGUGAACUUCGUCAUCGCUCUCGGUCACUGCACGCUCGCCGGAGCCUUCGCUUCCUAUUACUGGGCCUUCAGUAAACCUGCAGAUAUCCCAACAUUCCCUCUGACACAGUCCUUCAUGAGGGCCCUCAGGUAUCAUGUGGGUUCGCUGGCGUUCGGCGCUCUGAUUCUCACGCUCGUGCAGAUCGUCAGGAUCAUCCUGGAGUAUCUGGACCACAAGUUCAAAGCGGCUCAAAACCCGUGCGCACGCUUCCUCAUGUGUUGCCUGAAAUGCUGCUUCUGGUGUCUGGAAAAAUUCAUCAAGUUCAUCAACAGAAACGCGUACAUCAUGAUCGCCAUAUACGGAAAAAACUUCUGCGUGUCGGCUAAAAACGCCUUCUUCCUGCUGAUGAGGAACAUCGUACGGACGGUGGUGUUUGGAGCGUAUCUGAUCGCUCAUGGCUUCUUCAGUGUCUAUAACAUGGGUGUAGAUACACUGUUCCUGUGCUUCUUGGAGGAUCUGGAGAGAAACGACGGCAGCGCAGAGAAACCCUACUUCAUGUCCAAAAACCUGAUGAAGAUCCUCAACAAGAAGAACAAACAGCCCAAGACGGGCUAACAUGAUGAGCCUUUACUCUCUCGAGCACCGUCACUUUGACACGACGCAUGCAGAUGCUUCUAGAGACACUUUUAGACCCGCAUUAUUACUGUUUUAAUAGAUGUUACUGAGAGCUUCUAGUUCAACACACACUCCCUCAUUCUCAAUCUCCACCAAAGACGCCGAAUCACAGCCAAACCCAUGAGAAGCGAUGUUCCUACUCAACAUGUGCCAGUUUUUAUUUUAAUAUGUGCACUUUUAACUUCUUUUCAACAGAAAUGCAUGACGUGAGCUGGAGUAGAGCCUUCAGCGUGACGUCUGUGAGCCAAAGCGUUUAUCAGCACUCAAUAUUAAUGCAGUUUUUAGUGCUGUGCACAAAUAAAUCACACGUUUUAAAUGAAAAGUUUCUGACAUUACAUGUGUGUGUGUGUGUGUUUAUUAUGUGUAUGUGAUGCACACAUGCAUGCAUAUAUCUGAGAACAUGUUUAUUUAUAUUUAGAUACCACAUUUCUAUGUAUAUGAUGCAGAUUAGCUAGCAUUUUAAAUAUCUGUGUGACCAGAUUGUUGUUUUUAUGCAUGUGUGUGUGUGUGUGUCAGAUAUACAUAUAUAACACACACACAUAUCGCUUAUGACAAAACACACGUUUAUUUUAGAUGUGUUUAAUCUUUUCAUAGUGCUACUUUAGUUUGUGGAUGUUUUUAGACAUGCAUAUUGCACAUGUGAUUAUUAAUGCAGAUUAAUAAGCAGCUGAUAAUCUGUUGUUUUAAAGCUCGCUCUGUGCAACAGAAACAUCUGACUUAUGGAACGUCACAUGCGUGAGCAAUUCUGUUUUUACAUUUGAAACAGCUUUAUGUGAUUGUUUAUCUGGUUCUGAGUGAUUUAGUUGAUUCUGGAAAUCGAUAUUUAUUUAAAGACAGAACUAUAUGUGUUAAUAAAAUGAAGAGAAUGAAAA